UGAGCGCUGAUAAAGCACGAAGAAGGAUAAAAAUGGGCAAGGAAGACGCAGAGACUGUAGCCCUGAAGAAAGAACUGGAAGCUCUUAUUAACAAGUGCAAGGAAGAACAAAAGAAGCAACAGGAUACAACAUUGGAACAAGUGUGCGGUGGGGUGGCGGAUGCUCCGAAAGUUAGAUUGUCAACUAAGAAGAUGUUGAAGGGACACAUUAAUAAAGUCAAUUCAGUGCACUUUAGUGGCGAUAGUCGACAUUGUGUGACUGGAUCGUUGGAUGGGAAGCUAAUUAUCUGGGACACGUGGACUGGCAAUAAAGUACAGGUCAUCCCGUUGCGUUCAGCCUGGGUAAUGUCGGUAGCUUUCGCGCCGUCCGGCAAUUUCGUCGCGUGCGGCGGUAUGGACAACAUGUGCACCGUCUACGACGUGAACAAUCGCGACGCUACAGGAUCUGCCAAGAUCGUGAGGGAGCUUCUGGGUUACGAGGGCUUCCUGUCAUCUUGCAGAUUUCUUGAUGACAAGAAAAUCAUCACUGGAUCCGGCGACAUGAAAAUUUGUAUAUGGGACCUUGAGGCAAAUAAAAAAACAACGGAUUUCGAGGCACACGCGGGCGACGUAGUGAGCAUCAGCUUGUCCCCCGACGGUAACACUUACGUCACCGGUUCGGUCGACAAAACUUGCAAACUGUGGGAUUUACGAGAAGAGAAAGCCAAGCAAACAUUCUUCGGUCACGAAGCUGACGUAAAUUCUGUCUGCUAUCAUCCCUCCGGACAAGGUUUUGUAACAGCGUCCGAGGACAAGACCGCGAGACUAUGGGACUUCAGAUCUGAUCAGCAAUUAACUACCUUUAAACCACCGAGCUCGAAUCCCGGGUUUACAUCUUGCGGUCUGUCUCUGAGCGGCAGAUUUAUAUUUUGCGGUAGCGAUGACAAUUCUAUUCACAUAUGGGAUACGUUGAAGAAUCAACACAACGGUGUCUUAUCUGGUCAUGAGAAUAGAGUGACAUCACUUUGUGUCUCUGGUAAUGGAAUGGCAGUGGCCAGCUGCUCCUGGGAUCAGAAUGUCCGAAUUUGGGUGUGAAUACAUACAACAUUUAAUACAUUUAAGAGCUGUCUGAAGCAAUUGAGAGAAUACUG